AUGCCGCCCCAGCCCGAACAGGCAGAAAAGAGACUCGAGCCCGUUCGCAGCGCUACUCGGCUACAGACUAAACGCUUCCUCCGCGUGGGUGAGACCGAUUUCGAAAUGGUACAUAAAACACAGCCCGCGCCUCCAACGGCGCCUCUCAACACCAAACCCGUCUACGAUCCAUUCGAGGAUGAACUCAACAAGCACCCAGAGGAUCACUUCUUGUCACCUGUGCAGAUGUAUGAGUACGAAGACUGGGCCGAGGACAGCGACGACGACGCCGAGGAGGUAGAAUGGGAUGCUGGCAUCACCGAUUUCGCCCUCUUCGAAAGUGACCGGCGUCGAGCUCAAGAACGACACGAAGACAUUCCCGGCAGAUGGGAUGGCCUUCUAGCAAGCCAAGCAUCUGCACUCCAGCGUGUCGUUGAGAGAAAUCGUGCGGACUCCAGCCCUCAGCGCAGAUGGACGCCACUAUUGGAAGACCUGCCCGGCCUCACGCCUGACAGCUCACCCGACCUGAGAGGCGACUUCGACAUUCAUGCACAUUGUGCACCACGCCAGCAACAGAGAACCACACCCCGGCAGACAAACAAUAGCGUACCAAACUACCUCACCAUCAGAGUCACGCCUCCACCCGAAGACAGUUCCGACUACGACUCAGACGACUUCGAUGAUGACGAGGACUCCGAGGACGACUCGGACAUUCCAGUUUCCUUUCUCGUGGAACGCGCUCGUGAACGUCGUCGGCAGGCGCGCAAGCUCGAACGUCCAGGGCUGAGAUACAGUCGGACCAUGUCGGGUAAGGUACAUGUGUGGAGGCGACCGAGCGCGCAGAUCUACUCGGUUGGAGAGGAUGUGGAAGCGGAGAAGAGGGCUGAAAUGUUGUACUGCCGUCAGCAUCAGCAACAUCAGCUGGAAGAUGAACAGCGUGGUCGAGGGCGAUGA